GUUUUUCCAGUAAUCGAAGAUGGCAAGUUCAUUUCGUAAAAGUUUUAUGUUAUCUAGUGAAAAUUUGGACGAUUUGUGUAAUCAUUUCAACACAUUGGAUAAAGAUGGAAAUGGAUUCUUGGAUGUUAGUGAAUUGAAGCAAGCUUUAGAGAUUGUAGGAUUCAAAAUACCUCAAUGGCAGGUUCGGCAGAUGCUUGAUGACAUGGAGAGAGGCCGUGUUGGUGAUAAGAAAGGCCAACUUUCUUUCGAUGAAUUCCAAAAGAUUUAUGGUGAGCUGAAAUCAAAAGAAGUUACCAACAUGUUCAAAACUGCUGUUUCUAAAAGAGAAAAUUUAGAAACACUUGGAGGGAUGUCAGAAGCAUCUAGUGAAGGUACUACACAUUCUGUAAGACAUGAAGAGCAGGUUGCAUUUUCUGAUUGGAUAAAUACAAAUUUAGGGAGAGAUCCAGAUUUAAAGCACCUAUUGCCUAUUGAUAGUGAUGGUAAAAGUCUUUAUGAUAAAGUGAAAGAUGGUAUACUCUUAUGCAAAAUCAUUAAUCAUUCAUGUCCAGAUACAAUAGAUGAGCGGGUCAUUAAUAAAAAAAAUUUAACUGUAUAUACAAAGCAUGAAAAUUUAACCUUAGCCUUAAAUUCAUCUCAAGCGAUUGGAUGCAAUGUAAUUAACAUUGAUGCACAUGACCUGGCAAAAGGAAAGCCACAUUUAGUGUUAGGACUUCUGUGGCAAAUUAUACGAAUUGGAUUAUUUAAUCAAAUAACAUUAGAACAUUGCCCUGGAUUGGUGCAGUUAGUUAACCCUGGUGAAGAAAUGUCUGAUCUUAUGAAGUUAUCUCCUGAGAAUAUACUUCUGAGGUGGGUAAAUUACCACUUAGAAAGAGCUGGAACAAACAGACGAAUCUCAAACUUUACAAAUGAUAUCAAGGACUCUGAGAUAUAUACUCAUCUUCUUAAGCAAAUUGCUCCUCUUGAUGCUGGUGUCACUCUUGAAGCUCUGAUGAAAACAGAUAUGCUUGAUAGGGCUGAAAUAAUGUUAAAGCAAGCUGAUAAAAUUGGAUGUCGUAGCUUUUUGACUCCUCAUGAUGUUGUAGAGGGUGUAUAUAAACUCAAUGUUGCUUUUGUUGCCAAUUUAUUCAAUAAUCAUCCAGCUCUAGACCAGCCAGAUGAACCCCUUGAAAUGGUCAAUCUAGAAGAAACUAGAGAAGAAAAAACAUAUCGAAAUUGGAUGAAUAGCAUGGGUGUUUCUCCUUAUGUGAAUUGGCUAUACAGCGAUCUGGCAGAUGGACUCGUUAUAUUUCAAUUAUAUGAUACUAUAAAACCUGGGAUUGUUGAAUGGAAUCGUGUGCACAAAAUAUUUAGCAAGCUAAAAGGAUUUAUGGAAAAAUUAGAAAACUGCAACUAUGCAGUUUCUCUUGGUAAAGAAUUAAAAUUUUCCUUAGUUGGCAUAGCUGGUCAUGAUAUUUCGGAAGGAAAUCCCACAUUGACAUUAGCAUUAGUAUGGCAACUGAUGAGAGCAUAUACCCUGACAAUAUUGACACAGCUAGCAAAUACAGGUCAUCCAGUUGUAGAGAAAGAAAUUGUUGAAUGGGUUAAUAACAAACUGAAAGAAGUUGGAAAAGAAACAAGUAUAAAAAAUUUUCAAGAUUCCUCAAUUUCCUCAGCUUUACCUAUCAUUGAUCUAAUUGAUGCCAUUCAACCAGGUUCAAUAAAUUAUAGUCAAGUUUUGUCUGGUAAUGUACCAGAGGAUAGAAUGGCUAAUGCAAAAUAUGCCAUUUCUAUGGCAAGAAAAAUUGGUGCUAGAAUUUAUGCUCUUCCUGAAGAUAUUGCAGAAGUAAAGCAAAAGAUGGUUAUGACAGUUUUUGCAUGUCUUAUGGCUAGGGACUACAUUCCUAAUAUGGGUGUAAAAAGCAUCACAGAAUGAACUUAGAAAUGUAGAAGUUAUGUAAAUUUUGGAAAAAUAUUGUGCUUUCAACUGCAUUGCAAAUUUAUAAUACAAAAUUAGAUGUAAAUACUAGAUUGAAAUUCAGUGAAAAAAAAAUCUAAUUCUUUCUCUCAAGAGUUGAGAAUUCCUUAAAAGAUACAGAAACUGUUUUUUCCCUAAACCUUAUACUACAUUCAGCAUAAUUGCAUAACAUAACUUUCUAAUACUUGCACUACUUUCAAAUAUUCUUUUGUCCAUAAACUUACAUCUUCUGCAUUGAAAAUGAGGUUUUUUUUAAAUCCAAAAUACAUGUAUGCAAUUAUUUGCACUUCUUGUAUAAUAUAGUCAAUUCGCGAUAACUUGAAUCUAAAGGGACCGACGAAAAACUUAGACUUAUCGGAAGUUUGACUUACCGCUAGUUUCGGUUUUCGUCAUUUUAAUAUUAAAAACCAUCGAAUAUUUUAAUUAAUAUGUACAUAUUACAGACAAAAUUACAGAAAAGUUUUUCAGCACAAUAUUCACAGUUUAAUCAAAUAUAUUGAGAGAAAAAAAAAUUAAAAGCAUGGUUUUGAUUUCAAUAUUGCUGGAACCACUUGAGUAGAUCUGAUUCUACUUCAGAAAAGGUGCACAUCUCCAUUCGUUUCAAAUUCGGAUUCAACAAUUCUACCGCUUUAGAAGUUUCUCUUUUAAUAUCAUUGAUAGAGUAUUUGCUUAGACAUCUUUAAAAGUAAAGAAAACUCGCUCUGUCUCACAGGAACUUAUCAGCAAAUGAUCGAACUAAAGAAUGAAGGUGAACACAUCUUAACUUAGGUCAGCCUUUGAAUAAAGGUACAAUCAGUUGACUUGACAACUUGACCGCUUAAAAACAAAUUUGUAGUCUAGCAGCAUGUCAAAGUGUAAACAGUACAGUACAACAAAAUAAAACAACAAACUCAUUUCCGCACGUGUAACUCCUUUAUCGCACAUAGGUUCAACAAGGGUUCUCCUUGCUUUAGAGGUCUAUUUUGCAGGAAUUGCAAGUAAAGGUGAAAUAAUUUUUCUCUCAUAGUCACUUCUUUUUUUUUCAUGUUUUCGAAAUGAAUUUAUCAUCUUGGAAAAAACUUAGAGUUAAAGGAAGUUUACUUCGAAAUAUUGAGAAUAAUUAGCAUGGAAUUAAAGACAGGACUUGAUAAAAACUUCGAGUUAUCGCACAUUGAGUGUAUACAUAUUUUUUAACUAAUUGAUGUUCUUAUUUUUUUGAGUUCUGUGUAUAGACUUGUGACAUUAGCAAAUGUCAUCUUUAAAUGUCUAAUUCAUUCAUUUUACAUAUGCUCUUACUUUUUCUUCCAUUCAUGUGAACCAAAAGUUAAUAAAUUUUGCGUUUUUAAUGCUAACAUUAAAAAUAUCAAAAAAUUGUUAAAGCAUUCAAGAAUGUUUCAAAAGUAAGUUGAUAAAAAGUAUUCAUAAAGUGUGAUUAAAAAAAAGUAUUUUUUUUUUUGCAAAAAAUGUAUUAACAGGAAGUUUUUGAAGAUAAAUUCAGGCAUUUUUUUAAAAGUAGAUCCAUGUUACUUAUGAAUAAGUAUGGUAUCUUGGAAAUUUUUAUCAAUUAUUUUUGGGAUAGAAAUGUUUUUUCAAUUUUGGUGCAAUAAAAGAAUGUCAUGACAGAAACAUAAACAUGAUUUUUGAAUGUGAUAAGAAAUAUAAUUUUCAAAACUUGAAUUAUGAUACCUUUUUGUUUCAAAUGACUUAGGUAUCUACACAAUGGUGCAAACAUGGUUAAAGGAAAAGGGGGAAAAUCACUUUCCUCUUCUAAGGUAGAAUGUAUGACAAUAAUUGAUUAAGAUGUUAUGUCUAAUGGAUUUAUUGUAUUGAAACAAUCUUUCAUGAAGUGUGCCAAGUAUGUAUUAAUUCUAAAUGGACAAGACAGACUGAAAAGCUGUGUUUUGCAUUAGAAACUAGACUGUGACAUGAAAAAAAAAAUUCUUUAAGUGUCGUUUUGUCUUAAAUUUACCAAAUACAUCCCCAGGUGUGAUUGUGAGUUCAUGAAAAAAAUAACAAGUUUUAGAGUUAAAAACUGUGUGCGUAUGUAUGAAAGAUUGUGUCUUGUUUUUCUUUAAAUCAGGCCCCCGUGCAAAAAAAAAAAAAUUGUUUUUUGAUCAAUUUCAGUGUACAUGCUAGAUGCAAUUCUUACGUUUAAAUAGUUCUUCUAUUAAAAUAUUUAUGUGUAUUUAAUUAAAUUCUCAUAAAAACAUGAAGUAGCCAAUCAGCUUCUAAAUACAAAUGAUCUACAAUAAAUUAUUCAGAAAUGUUACUAACAUAUGCAUAUUAUUUGCACUUUAUGUGAGUGAUGUACAAAUUUUCUCAAGAUAAAAUCAAAAAGUUCUCAACAUAUUUAAUGAGGAAAAAAGGACAUGCAGUCUAUAUAUAAAAAAUAAACAACCCAGUAAGGGAUCUUUAUUAGAAAAUGUUUAGGGUAUAAAUAUAAAUGACAUGCUUAUAACCACUGAUGAAUAUUAAAGGAAAAUGAUCAAAUCUCCCCCAAAAGCAUUGUAAUUGAUUUUUAAAAAAAGUGUUGGAAAUAAUCAAGAUGAGAUAAAAAGAUGUGUGAAAGAAACCAUUAAAAGCAUGAUAAAAUCACUAAUUAUGAACCAGCAACAUUUUGUACUUGAUUUUUAAAACUUUUUACAAAUAUUUUUGCAUCUCAAUGUAUGCAAGCCUGCAUACAAAUUUACAGAGUAGUAGGGAAAUUAAACUACUCCAAAUGAAAGCGUGGACCUGUAAUUUUGACAAAAUUGUAUGUGUAUAUUUUGGUUACGGAAUUCAAAGAAUAAUCUUUCAUUCUUUAAAUAUUAACAAUAAAAUCAUAAUGAUUUUAUUUAAUAAUAAUUAAACUAAUUUUACAAUAACUUAGAGCAAUAAAUGUAGCUAAACAAAAGCUGCUUCCAGCAGAUUUUUUUUUCUUUUGUAGGGAUAUUUCCACUUUAGCUAUAAUUUAGGAUAUGAAAUGUUUGUUAAAUUCUGACGCCCAAUUUCCACCAGAUGAAGGCAUAUGGGCUGUCUCAAUGCAAAAUUGCACUUGGAAUUUUAAUUCAGCCAAGAGUAUCUGGUUCAAAUAGACAUUUGAGGGUUUUUUUAACAUGCUGAAUAAUCUGCAACAUGUAAAAACAUUGACAAUAGUCUGCUUCUUUCAAAUUCAGUCUGCAGACAGUUUAAGCCUGCACCCUAAGACAUAAGAGACAAACACCUACAUAUUAUGCCACUGACCUAAAAGACUAAAAGUAAUUAUAAUGCGUGAAUAGUUGUACACAGUUUUGCUUUGCUUUUGGUUUCUGCUCAUAACUCAAAUUUUUAUUUUUUAGUAUCACUAUAUAACUAUGUUGUUCCAAACAUAAUGCACUUAACACAUAAAAUCUAAAUGGUAGAAAAACUUUUUUUAAAUAUUAAGAAACAAUAGAUGUACCAAAAAGUAAGUAUAAAAAAUGUGAAGUCAGAUGAUUGCAGAAAGUAAAGCAUAAAAAUAUUUAUAAGAUUCAUUCUUAAUUUAAAUUAUAUUCAUAAAAUUUACACCUUAGUGAAAUAAAUCUAAUUAAAAAUAGGUUAUAUUUAACAUUCGUAAUUUUGAUUCAAUCUGAAAUUCCUACUCAGCACUUAACUAAGUUUUAUUGGUCACAUCUCAAACUGUGAGUUGACUGUAUUGUUUUUCUUAGCAACUGAAACUUAAAAGGUCUAUGGAUUUAUAAUAGUAGAAAUACAUAUGCAUAUCUAGAUGUGAAAUGUUUAUCUGGGUGCUAUUUAUGUUUUUAAAUAUUCUCCUGAUUUGAAUGAAAUAAAUGUUUUACUAAUAUCUUUAAAUGAAAUUAAUUUUAAAUGAAUAUGUGCCAAGUUACUGUCCAGAAUGCAUAAGUUUUGUCAAAUUUUCUUAUUAUUCAUAUUGAAAAUGUGAAAGGUUUAAUAUGUCCUAAUUGUAGAAAUAGAUAUCCAUUUCUUAGCAUAAUAUACUCAUUCAAGAAAUUAAUGCACAUGAGCUAUUUCACUUUUUAUUAAAAUUUGUGCAGUUUUUAUAAUGGUAAUAUUAUGUAUUUUUAAUGUCUUUUAUUGUGCUGUUUGCUCUUAUGAUUUUAAUUUAUAAAACGAAUUUUCAAAUUGCUAUAAGUUCAGAUAGACUAUUUAGAAUUAUAUAAUUAAAAAUAAAUCAAGUAAAAAGACCAGCUUUUUUAGUAGGAAGAGAAGAAAUACAAUGAGCAUUUAUUUUAAUUUAAAACUGUGCUGUUCUUAUACAAUGGUAUCAAUUAGAAUAACAAUAAGUUUUCUAACACAAAUCCUUGUCGCUUUGCAAGCAAAUGCCAAACAACAGUAUUACAGUUUCAUCCAUUUUUUGGGCAUGUCAGGCUGGAAUAGCCAUUAUAGAGCUGAAGGUCUUGUAUAGUAGCUAAGUACAUCUUCAUACUAAUAGCUAUAAGUAUUUUAACUCGCUAGUGAGAGGUUCCUAAACAUGGUACAACUUUACUUCAAAAAGUGCAGAUAAAAGCUGCCGUAUAAAGUUGUAAAUUUCCGCCACAGAGCUAAAGCAGAAUUGCGUUGUAUUGCAACUUGAAUGCAGAACUGCAGCUUGAAGUUUUAUCUUUUUCAAGAAAUUUAUUAUGUUGUUUUAAUUAGAAGAAAUCCUUUCUAAUAAAUUUGAGUUUUAAUUGGCUGUUUUGUCAAUAUUAACAUUUAUUCUAAGCUACUUUUGAAGAAUAUUAAUGUGCAAAGUUAUAUAACAUUUCCAAAAAAAAGCUUGCAUUAAUCAGAAAAUAUCUUGUAAUACUACAAUUUUGAAUUAGAUGCUUUCCAGACAAACUUUUUUAGUCUUUGAUAUAUCCGGCCAUUUUAAUGAUUUUUGUAUGAAUGUAUUUUGAUAAAAAUCUUGAAUUGUUUGAGCAAUUUACAUAAUGUGUAUUUUAAUAUUUAGAUAUUUUAUAUAUUUUGUACAUUUCAUAAGUGCUUAUGCUGUAUAUACAUAUAUUCAAAACAUCAACAUGUUUGAUUGAAUUCAAAAUAUUGGUAUUCCAAGUCAUAUAUUUAUGUAUUGAACUAUUCCUUUUAUGUUUUACAUACAUACAGCUUCUUUAUUUGUAAAAUAAAGCUUUGACU